UGACACUGAAUACCCAGAUCAAGGACGCUUUUACAUAGCAACGAAAAAGACUUGUAGAAAACUUUAGGAAGAUACACAAUGUCUGGGGGUAAACCGUUGUCGAAAGCUGAUCUGAUUCAACUGGGAGAAUCAAGAGAAUCUUGGUGUGCAGUUGAAAUGAAAAAAGAGCAAGCCUGGUGUAGAAAACAGAGACAGCACUAUCCAGAACAAUUCAGCAGCACUGUGUUUGAGCAGCAGAUACCUGGAUAUGAGCCUCGCUGUACCUUUGAAGUAGAUGCACCAACACACAGAGAGCGCAAACAUUUCCCUGAUAAAUAUGAAUGCCAACUGAAAAUCUAAAUAAACCAGGUUAAAUAUUCUGAAACUGUGAGAAGGGAAACAAUCUUUUAUCCUUAAAAGUUAAAUUCCAGAGAAGAAAAAAGGAGACUUUUAUGGAUCAUUUAUAACAUUUAAUUUCUUUUUAUAUAUUACAACACUGGCAUUCUAAUAUUUUUACAAUGGCUAUGCCUGGGAAAAUGAAAUCAUAACCAAUGUUUAUCAUAUCUACAUUAAUUUUGUAUUUUUUUUAUCAUGCAAUCAUACUUCAUUUUAAAAGAAUAUUUCAUUAUUAUGUAAUUCCAUGUGUGCAUGGUAGAAAAAAUAAGGAGACUAUUUAUUAAGUUUGUUUUAUUCUAAAAGAAGAAAACAAUGAAAUUGUAUCUAUAUAAAUAUAUAGCACCAGUAUUAUGAUGUACAUUCUAGUUUCUUUAUACCAGACAGUAUUACAUAUACACUGCACUUUACACAAGAACUUUCAUAAUAUUUUUCAGUAUUGCUCUAUAUUUCUGAUUUUUUGCUCACAAUUUUAAGUGUUAAUAAAUUAUUUAUACAUA